ACAAACCCCAUUAACGAAGAAACAAUUGCCGUGUGUCUAGCAAUUCGUUCGCAUUGAUUUCGUGGGUUUUUCUUCUUCUUCUUCUUCAACUUUAAUUUUGUUGUUUAAUAAAAAGUGACCUUAAAGGAUCCAAAGGAUAUACCAUAAUACAAAUAUAGUGCUGUGAACUUUAUAAGACAUUUAAUUAAAAAAAGAUGACGUCCAUUCCUGAUUUAACAAGUGAAACCCUUUCAAAGAAUAAAAAUAAAAAGUUUUCCCGAAUUUUUCCCGAAACCGAUGGCGAUCAAAUUGUUAUUUCCGGAAUGUCGGGAAAAUUUCCCAACUCGCGUAAUAUAGCUGAAUAUGAAUAUAAUUUGUUCAACAAGAUUGAUAUGGUUGAUGAUGACGAACGCAGAUGGAGACACUUUAAUCCCGAAAUUCCUAAACGUGCGGGUAAAUUAUACGAACUUGAGAAAUUCGAUGCCACCUUUUUCGGAGUCCAUUUUAAGCAAGCACAUACAAUGGAUCCCCAGUGUCGUGUUUUAAUGGAAGUUGCCUACGAAGCAGUCAUUGAUGCAGGCAUCAAUCCAAAAGAUCUUCGAGGUACUCGCACUGGAGUAUAUAUUGGAUCUUGCAUUUCCGAAUCCGAGAAGACAUGGUUUUACGAAAAAGUGUCAUCAGGUGGUUUUGGUAUCACAGGAUGUAGUCGAGCUAUGCUUGCGAAUCGUAUCUCUUACGCAUUGGGUUUGAAUGGACCAUCGUUUCUUCUAGAUACAGCUUGUUCAAGUUCUAUGUAUGCUUUGGAUAAUGCUUUUACAGCUUUAAGGAAUGGUGAAAUAGAUGCUGCUAUCAUUGGAGGUGCUAAUUUACUAUUGCAUCCAUUUGUGACACUGCAAUUUGCUAGGUUAGGAGUGUUAGCCUCCCACGGUUUCUGUCGUCCAUUUGAUCAAGAUGCUUCUGGUUAUACACGUGCCGAAGCAGUUAAUUGCAUGUUUUUACAACGCAAACGUGAUGCUAAACGCAUUUAUGCUGAAGUCAUCUAUUCCAAGACAAAUUGCGAUGGCUACAAACCUGAAGGUAUCACAUAUCCCUCUGGAAACUUACAGGAGAAACUUCUUCGGGAAUUCUAUGCUGACGUUGAUGUCCAGCCAAGUGAUUUGGGUUAUCUAGAAGCUCAUAGUACCGGAACCAUUGUCGGAGAUCCCGAAGAAUGUCGAGCUAUUGACAAUGUUAUAUGCAGUCAACGAAAUGAAUCACUUCUUGUUGGUUCGGUCAAAUCAAAUGUUGGUCACUCUGAAGCAGCUUCAGGUAUUUGUUCAUUAGUCAAAGCAGUUUUUGCAUUUGAACAUGGUAAAAUUCCUCCAAACAUCAACUUCAAUGCUAUCAAAAAGGAGAUUCCAGCUUUAGCUGAGGGAAGAUUGACUGUUGUCAAUGAUGUUGAAUUACUGCCAAAACCUUAUAUUGGAGUAAAUUCAUUUGGAUUUGGUGGUGCAAAUGCACAUGCAUUGCUAAAAGCAUGUGGCAAAGAGAAGAUAAAUAAUGGAUUGCCAUUUGAUGAAAUUCCUAGAAUUGUUGGAUGGGCCGGAAGAACCGAACAAGCUGUCACAUCUAUUUUGGAUUCUAUCGAAAAACGACCACUUGAUGCUGAAUAUAUUGGAUUGUUGCAUAAUAUUCAGCGAGAUGUUUCUGGUUUAGUUUUCCGAGGUUAUGGAAUUUUCUCCAAAAAUGGCAAUGACUCGAAUGCAAAGUGUCUUGUUAAAGAUAUUCAACAUUAUACUGGUAUUAAGCGACCUUUAGUAUGGGUAUUCAGUGGAAUGGGAUCACAAUGGACUCAAAUGGGUGCAUCUUUGAUGGAAAUUCCAAUCUUCCGAAACUCAAUACAGCUCUGUCAUAAUGCACUUAAAUCUAAAGAUUUAAAUCUAAUUGAUAUUCUAACAUCAAAGGAUCCUCAUAUGUAUGAUAAUAUUCUACAUUCUUUUGUUGGAAUAGCUGCUAUCCAAAUUGGUCUAGUAGACAUUUUGAGAGCUUUGAAUUUGGAACCAGAUUAUAUUAUUGGACAUUCGGUGGGAGAACUUGGUUGUGGUUAUGCCGAUGGAGGUUUUACACCAGAGCAAAUGAUUUUGGCUGCCUAUUAUCGUGGAAAAGUAAGCUUAGAAAUUGAAAAAAUCCGUGGUUCUAUGGCUGCAAUUGGUAUGGGCUAUAAGCAAAUUGUUAAUCUGUUACCAGAGAGUAUUGAAGUAGCAUGUCAUAAUGGAGAAGACUCAAGUACGAUUUCAGGACCAGCAGAAGAUGUAACACGUUUUGUUGCCGAUUUGAAAUCUCAAGGCAUUUUCGCUAAGGAAGUUCCUUGCUCAAAUAUUGCUUAUCAUUCGCGUUAUAUUGCCCACAUGGGACCACAACUUCUUAAAUACCUUAAAGCAACAAUUCCAAAACCAAAACAAAGAACUUCAAAAUGGCUGAGUUCGAGCGUACCAAAAGCCGAGUGGGAACAAACCGGACGUGAUCUUUGUUCAGCAGAAUACCAUACAAACAAUCUCUUGAGUAGUGUUCUUUUUGAGGAGACUUUUGCCUUACUCCCCAAGAAUUCUUUGACCAUUGAAAUCGCUCCACAUGGUCUAUUGCAGGCGAUUCUUAAAAGAUCAAUGCCAGGUGGUGUUCAUGUUCCAUUGACUCAGAGGGGAAAUAAAAAUAAUGCUUUAUUCUUCUUAGGAUCUCUUGGAAAACUUUUCAACAAUGGUGUUACACUUCCAUUUGAAAAUCUUUAUCCUGCUGUUCAAUUUCCCGUGUCACGGGGAACACCUGGAAUUGCAGCUUUAAUUAAAUGGGAUCAUAAUGAAGAUUGGUUCGUAACUAAAUACGAAAAUAUGAAAACUAAAGCAAGUGGAGAAAGAAUCUUCAAUGUGAAUCUACAAAGUGAUGAUGAGGAAUAUUUAAGUGGCCAUGUGAUUGAUGGGAAAAUUCUUGUCCCAGCUACUGGUUACUUGCAAUAUGUUUGGGAAACUUUCUCCCUAAUGUACCAUGGACCAAGUUAUAUGGAUGUUUCGGUUGAAUUUGAAGAUGUUCGUUUUGUACGUGCUACACCAAUAACUUCGGGAGGAAAUGUUGAACUUAAAGUUAUGAUUCAUUAUGGAACUGGAAAUUUUGAGAUCACAGAAUCAAAUAGUGUUGUUGUGACAGGAAGUAUUCGAGAAAUUCCUGAAGAUUCUCCACCACCUAUGCAGAUUUCUUUAGAUAAAGAAUCUAAAUUUCCCAUGAUGGCUAAGAAAGAUUUCUACAAGGAACUUAAGCUGAGAGGUUAUCAUUAUAACGGUUCAUUUAGAGCUGUUCGUAGUGCUCGUAGUGAUGGAAAGUUCGGUCAAAUUGAAUGGAAAUACAAUUGGGUAUCAUUCAUGGAUGCAAUGUUGCAAAUUCAUAUUGUUGGCACUGAUUCACGAACUCUUUUUCUGCCAACGAAGAUUCGAAAGCUUCGUAUCAAUGGGCGGCAUCAUUUCGAUAUGAUGUCUCAAAUGAAUCCCGAUGAUCGUGUAUUUGAUGUUUAUGCUAGUCAGCAGUUUGAUAGAGUUAUUGCUGGAGGAGUAGAAAUGAUCGGACUACAUGCUAGUCCAAUUCAAAGGAAACGUCCACCAGGUAUUCCUGUAUUGGAAAGAUAUCAUUUUAUUCCACAUUUUCCUGCACCGAAGAUGAAUUUAAACGAUGCAGCACGAAUUUGUAUCCAAUUGGGACUUGAGAAUGUACCUGUACCAAAAAUUAAAAUUGUUGAAGUUGAUACGGAACAGGAGGCACCAGUGAUUGGGUAUUUCUUGGACGCAGUCGAAGAUUUACCAGUUGUAACUGGAGAUUAUAUGUUCCUAACAAAUCAGACUUUAGAAUUGCCUGGAGUGCAUGUUGAAAAUGGGAAACUUUCAACACAAUCAAAUUGCUAUUUUAUUUUAGUGAAAAAUCUAUUGAACCAGGGGAAUAUCUUAACUUUGGCAUUGAAAAGUCUUUCAGAAGGCGGAUUUUUGGUAGCUCGACAAACUCAAGGACAAAUGUAUGAUGCAAACAUGUUAAUACCAAAUGAUCUCAAACUUGUGUUGGUUAUUCCAACAAUUGAGGAUGAAGUAAUUCUACUUCUUCAGAAACAGAAAAAGAAGUUGAUAGGAGAUUCAAUAGCUAUCAAAGUAUCGGUUAACGAUAUAGAAUUCAAAUGGAUAGAAAAGGUUCAAGAAGCUAUGAAAAACGGUCCAGUAGUUCUUUAUGCAGAAAAUGAAAAGUUUAAUGGGUUGCUUGGUUUGACAAAUUGUUUAAGAAAGGAACCUGAAGGUCAUUUGGUGAGAUGCGUGCUUGUAGACGAUGUCCAUGCUCCAGAAUUUAAUUUAGAAAGUCCUUUCUAUAAGGAGCAACUAGCACUAGGAUUGGGAAUAAACGUUUAUCGCAAUGGUCAAUGGGGCACAUACCGUCAUUUGCAACUUAGUACCGAAAAUCAAAUACUUCCACGUGCUGAACACAUUUAUGGAAACGUUAUACAUCGUGGAGACUUGUCCUCCCUUCGCUGGUUCGAAGGACCACUUGCUCCAAAAGAUUGUGAAAUAAAAAUCAUGUAUUCAUCUAUCAAUUUCCGUGAUAUUAUGUUAGCAACUGGACGUUUGGCUGCUGAACUCAACGGCAGUAGCCGAAUGGAUCUAAGUCUUGUAUUGGGAUUUGAAUACUCUGGAAUUAAUACUCGAACUGGCAAGCGUAUUAUGAGUAUGGUAAUGAAAGGUGGUGUUGCGUCUUAUGUUGACAAACCAUCUCGCUUGAUUUGGAAUAUUCCCGAAAAUUGGUCACUUCAGGAGGCGGCAACAGUGCCAGUUGUUUAUAUAACAGUGUAUUAUGCAUUCUUUAUGCAUGUUGACAUACGCAAGGGUAAGAGUAUUCUUAUUCAUGCUGGAACAGGUGGAAUUGGUCUUGCAGCUAUAAGAGUAGCCUUAGCCUAUGGCUUGGAGGUCUUUACAACUGUGAGCUCACAACAAAAAAGAGAAUUCCUGCUAAAGACAUUCCCAGAAUUGGAAGAUUCACAUAUUGGUUAUUCACGUGACACAUCCUUUGAAAUUAUGAUCCAACAACAGACCUUAGGUCGAGGUGUUGAUUUUGUCCUGAAUUCUUUGUCAGAAGAAAAACUUUUAGCAUCAGUUCGAUGUCUGGGACAAGGUGGACACUUUUUGGAAAUUGGUAAAUUUGAUAUGGCCAAUGAUAGCAAACUUGGUAUGGGAUGCUUCCUUAAGGAAUUAACUUUCCAUGCUGUUUUGGCUGAUACACUACUACAUGCUCCAGAUUCAAUUAUUAAUAAACUUAAAGCGAUGAUUGAUGAUGAUAUCGCUGGAGGUGUUAUUCAGCCAUUGCCUUCUACUGUCUUCCCAGCGAAUGAAAUCGAGCAAGCAUUCAGGCAUCUGAUUGGUGGAAAACAUAUUGGCAAGGUACUAGUUCAGGUGCGAGAUGAUACAGAGUCUCCUUACACACUGCCAGUUCCGGUUCUUAAACAAGUUUACUUUAAUCCUGAAUUUUCUUAUGUAAUUCCUGGAGGACUUGGUGGAUUUGGUCUUGAAUUGGCUGAUUGGAUUGUAAUGAGAGGUGCGAAAAAGCUUGUAUUAAGUUCAAGUCGAGGAAUCUCUAAGGAUUAUCAAAGUUAUAGAAUUGCGCUUUGGAAAACAUAUGGCUGUGAAGUAAUAGUUAGCACAGCGGAUAUCACCACACGAGCUGGUUGUGAAAAACUUUUAAAAGAAGCCAUUAACUGCAAACCAGUUGGAGGUAUCUUUAAUCUUGCUGUAGUUUUGCGAGAUGGGUUAUUUGCCAAUCAAACUGCUGAAAAGUUCUUAGAAUCUUUCGCUCCUAAAGCUCUAGCAACACAAUAUUUGGAUGAGUUAUCUCGAAAAAUGUGCCCCGAUUUGGAACAGUUUAUUGUUUUCUCGAGUGUUUCAUGUGGUCGUGGUAAUGCCGGCCAAACUAAUUAUGGAAUGGCCAAUUCGAUUAUGGAACGAAUAAUCGAAGAUCGUGUUGCUAAUGGAUUCCCUGGCAAAGCUGUACAAUGGGGUGCUGUGGGUGAAGUAGGUUUAGUAGCUGAUAUGGCAGAAGAUAAGAUUGAUAUGGAGAUUGGAGGAACCUUACAGCAGAGAAUCUCUUCGUGUCUUCAGGAAUUAGACAAUUUAAUUCCAACAACAGAUGCAAUAGUUGCAAGUAUGGUUGUAGCUGAAAAACGUGUUGGUCGCGGUGGAAAUGAGAGCAUUACAGAGACAGUAAUGAAUAUUAUGGGCAUAAGGGAUCUUAAGUCUGUUUCACUUGGCAUGACACUAUCCGAAAUGGGAAUGGACUCUUUGAUGGCUGUUGAAAUUAAGCAAACACUUGAACGUGACUUUGAGUUGUGUCUUUCACCACAGGAUUUGCGUUCUUUGACAUUCCAAAAGCUUCAAGAAUAUGAAGAUUCUAAGGAAGGUGAACAAAAUGAUACUGUUAAGCUGGUACUUGCCUCUGAGAAUACACCAUUGGGAAUGAAGCUGCUUUUACGUAAUUUGGGUGAUGAAGCCAAUUGUAACAAAGUUUUGUGUCCCUUGGUGACUUCAGCUGAUGCUUCAAAGCUUAACUUGAAUCCUAGUAUAAUAAUUCCUGGCUUAGAGGGUACUACUGGAGAGGCAUGGUAUUCAAUUGGCAAACGUUUGUAUUCAAAAUCAACCGUCUUACAGUUACAUACAACAGCUAAUCUAACAACAAUUAAUGAAGUUGCCCAAGAAGUUUUUGAGAGCGUGAAAUCGGUUUUGAAAUCAUCAGAAAAGUUUUACAUAAUCGGUUACUCCUUUGGAACAUUUAUAGCUCUUAACCUUGCAAGUCUAUUAGAGAAAGCUGGUUACCGAGGACAAGUUCUAUUGAUCGAUGGUGCGCCACACUUUUUAAAGACUUUAACUUUAGGACAUUUGGGAGCCGAUUACAAAGAUGAAGAUCUGUAUAAUUUACUCUUUUCUGGGAUUGUCAAUCAAAUCUUUCCCAAUGAAUCAACCGAAUCAGCAGCUCAAAUAUUUUUACCACUAAAAACAUAUGAAGAAAAAAUGGCAAGAUUCAUGGAGUUUGUUGAAAAACAAAGCCUAUAUAGUAAAGAAUAUGCCAAAGUAAUGGUAAAUGCUAUGUUUAAUCGAGUUAAAAUGGCUGCUGAAGUUGAUCUCGAAUCAUUAGAUGUAUUGAAAGCACCAAUAACUUUAGUUCGUCCAUCAGAAGUUGCAAUGGUGGACGUUGAAGAAGAUUAUAGUUUGUCGAAAUUGACUACGAGUACGGUAACAGUGAAGUUUGUUGAAGGAAGUCACACAACAAUGUUGGAUAAUCCAAAAUUAGCCAAAAUGAUUAAUGAUUUUGAUCCAGCGUUGCAGGAAGAUAAAACUUUUGAAUUAUAUUUGAAGGAUGUAAAACCGGUGGCGGUAUUGUAGGAUUUUAGUUGAUGAUGUUUUUUGCAAUAUAAGCUUUUGUAAUUAUAUAUAAACUCGUACAUACAUAAAUAUUUUAAUGAUUUUUUACUAAUUUUAAGUUGUAUACUGGUUCUUAUAAAUAUUAUUAUUCAAAUA